UCUCCAUGACGUUUCACGUCGAACCUCACGUUGGACUACUAAAACCAAGCAGCGGAGACGUAGCAGGAACCAAAGUGAAGCUAUUCUCAAUAAUCGUGAUUUAACAAGGUAACCGAACUAUGGCCCUCGCCCAAGUGUCAUCCAACAAGUGCAGUGGCGGCUACCAGAAGGUGUUCGAGCAUGACAGCACUGAGCUGAAGUGUAAAAUGAAGGUCGCUGUCUACCUGCCUCCUAAAGCCGAGAAUGAGAAGUGCCCCGUGUUCUACUGGCUCUCUGGGUUGACAUGCACAGAGCAGAACUUCAUCACCAAGGCUGGCAGUCAGCAGGCAGCUUCUGAGCAUGGAAUCAUCAUCGUCGCCCCAGACACCAGCCCACGUGGUUGUAACAUCGAGGGUGAAGAUGAGAGUUGGGACUUUGGCACAGGGGCUGGUUUCUAUGUCAACGCCACCCAGGAGCCCUGGAAGACCAACUACUGCAUGUACACCUAUGUCACUGAGGAGCUCCCUCGUUUGAUCAACGCUAACUUCCCCGCUGACCCAGAGAAGAUGUCCAUCUCCGGCCACUCCAUGGGGGGACACGGAGCCCUCAUCUGCGCCCUGAAGAACCCUGGAAAAUACAAGGCUGUUUCUGCAUUUGCCCCCAUCUGUAACCCCAUCCAGUGUGCCUGGGGGCAGAAGGCCUUCUCUGGGUACCUAGGAGAAGACAAGAAGACCUGGGAGGCGUAUGAUGCCACGGUGCUGGCAGCGUCAUACUCAGGCCCACAGCUGGACAUCCUGAUCGACCAGGGCCGUGAUGACCAGUUCCUGUCGGCCAGCCAGCUGCUUCCUGACAACCUGAUCGCCGCCUGCUCAGAAAAGAAGAUUCCUGUUGUGUUCAGGCUGCAGCCGGGCUACGACCACAGCUACUUCUUCAUCUAUUCCUUCAUCACCGACCACAUCAAGCACCACGCCAAGUUCCUCAACGCUUAAGACUGACUGCUGGACUAGAACCCUCUUCUGUGCCUUCUACCCCAACUGUGCACCGGGUAUUGUCCAACUGUCCCAUCCAGAGAGGCCGAGCUAAAAUUAACCUGAUAUGAAUACACUUGCUAUGUUGAGUCAAACUCAGAACAGACAAUAGUGGGGCCAGGAUGUUUGGUGUUAAGAGGAGCUUGCUUGCAAAUCAUGUGGUCACUCAACUGUAUUUCUGAAAUAAAGGUUCAGUUUUUA